AUGACUUCUCAAGCUAUCCAGCCACCUUCCAAGAUUCGACUUCUUUCCCUCAACUGCUGGGGCCUCAAGUUCAUCUCCAAGCUGCGCAACGAGCGCCUCACAGAAAUCGGUGUUCAGAUCGCCGCCGCAAGUCAGCAACCAGAUAUCGUCGGCUUGCAAGAGUGCUGGACGCAGCAAGACUACCAUGCGAUUCGUGAAAAAACAAAACACAUACUGCCUUAUGGCAAGUUCUACCACAGCGGAAUCUUUGGCGGCGGGCUGGUCAUAUUAUCUCGAUGGCCCAUCAUCGAGAGUAACAUGGUGCGGUAUCCGCUCAACGGACGGCCUGCUGCCUUCUACCGAGGAGACUGGUUCGUAGGCAAAGGCGUGGCUUGCGCAAGGAUACAAAUGGGCCCUUCGCAAAGAGAUGUUGCAGAGGUCUUCUGUACACAUCUCCACGCCCCCUACGAACGCGAACCCCACGACUCCUACCUCUGCCACCGAACAGCCCAAGCAUGGGAAAUCACGAAACUCAUGCGUGCAGCCGCCGAACGCGGACACCUUGUCAUCGGCAUGGGUGACUUCAACAUGAUUCCCCUAUCCCUCGCACACCGCAUUAUAGAGACACACUCGCCGGUCCGUGACGUAUGGCGCAUACUACAUCCCGAGUCUUCGAUCGGUGCAGCAAGAGACGAGGUCGAAAAGCUCCGAGGCGUCCCAAUCCCGUCUGCUGAGUUCAACAUGACUAUCAACGGGGCGACGUGUGACAGCGAGUUAAACUCCUGGCGGUGGAACAAGGGGCAGCAGAGGCGUCUUGCUAAGGGCGAAAAUGUGCAGAUUGAUCCUGCUGUUCCAGACCCCAAUGCGAAGCGGCUCGACUACAUCUUCUUCAGCAGCGGAAGGACUCAUAACCCAGAGACAAACGAGGAGAUGGCCGAGUGGGAGCUGAAAGAAGCCAAUGUGGGCAUGGAAAUGCGCCAUCCUACACUCCACUGCUCUCUCAGUGACCACUUCUCUGUGGAGGCAACACUGACGAGGACUUCGACUGCGCCGUCAGCUGUCCCGCUGUCGCCUUGGGCUCUGCCGGAACGCUAUUUGCCCAUCGAAACGUACGAUGAGAUCCUGGCAACGACAGUCAAGUACCAGGAUCGGGAGCGGGUGCAGCGCAAGCUGCGCAUAGGCCACUUCUUCUACCAAUUAUCCCUUUCGAUUGGGUGUUUGAUUGGUGUAUGGUGGUCACCAAGGAACUUUGUCGCGUUCAUAUUGAUGUUUUUGAGCACACUGGGGCUCAGUGUGGGCGUCAUUGACGGUCUGAUGGGGCUGCUGUUUGUUGGUAGCGAGCUCAGGGCACUCAAGGAGUUCGAGUGGGAGGUCAGAAAUGCUCGGGAGCGGGCGUUGGCGAAGGCAGAGGCGGGAAAGACAACAGUGGAGGAUAAUCGGUCGUCAGACGCGUCAGAAUACCUCGAAAACCUCGAUCGCGCGGUUCGGGAGUCCGCAGCCCUCACCAUGACCGACCAGCCACAGCAGCCCAGCGGCCAGCAGCAGCCACAACAGCAACAGCUACUGCGCCCCGAUGAUAUCCUCAAGCUACAGUGUCUUCCCGAAGAUGAGAAGCAAAAGUAUCGCUUAAUCAUGCAGAACUUCUGGACCAUUUGCAACCAGCACCCGGUAGGCAGUCAAGAAAACACCAAUGCCCGCCAAAAGCUCGCAGAGUCGUCGCAGAAGUUCAUUACGCGCGAACGUCAACACCGAGCCAAAUUGAAGGCCCAGCAACAACAGCAGCAACAGGGAAACCAGGGACAAGCAGGCCAAUCUAGUGCGGCUGGGCAAAACUCCAACACCGUCAAGCAGGAAGGUGGCCAGGCUCCCAACCGGGGGGCCGAAGGCGCCGCGGGAGCAUCGGGCCAACAGUCGCAGGGGCAACAAUCAUCUAACCAAGGCCAAAAUCAAGGUCGCGGCCAAGUGGAUCCUGCUAUAGUAAAGCACGUCCAAGAUUUCCCCAUGCAGGGGCCGUUGAAUGGGCCUUCGCCGGGCACGCCCGAGUAUGAGGUCAAGCUGAAAGAAUACCGGACUGGCUAUUUGAACAUGUUGGCGAAACAGGCGUCCCUCAACGAGAACAGAAAGAAGCUUAUGCAACAGCUGAGCGAGCGACAGAAUAACGGACAAGAGUUGCCACAGGAUUUACUGGUGUUGAAGGCCAAGAUUGAAAAGGAGCACGCAAACAUGAGGGCCCAGAUUGACAAGUUUCGAGCUCUGCAAAAACAGUGGAAGGGAGAGCGCGAGCAGAAUCCGCAGGGCCAGGCCCAGGCGCAAAACCAAGCACAAUCACCGCCACCCCAGCAGCAGCAGCAGUCACAACAACAACCACAAUCUCAGAAUCAACCGCAGCCGCCUCAACGACAGCCGUCGCAGCCUAACGCGCCUGCUCAACCCCAGAUAAAAGAAGAGCCUCAAAUCAAGAUUGAAGGCGGCCAGCAAGCGCAGCCGCAACCACAACCACAACAACAGCCAGCUCAACCUCAGCAACAACCACAGUUCAACGUACAGGCAAAUCAGGCAAACCAGGCAAACCAGCAGCAGCAGCCACAACAGCCCCAGCAGCAGCACAACCCGCAGAUGCCUCCUUCACUUCCGCAACAGCAGCCGCAACAACAACAGGCUCGACCACCGCCGGGUCCUCAUUCUCAGUCGAUGCCACCAAACCAGAUGCCUCAGUUCGCGCAAGGACAACAGCAACAAAACUUCCACCCACAGCAACAGCGACCCCAGAUCAACCCCAUGCAAGCCAAUGCGCACCAAAGCAACUCACCACAUCCGCAAUCUGCAACAACAGCUGGCCCGCCAGUUCCACUCUCUCAUCAAGCGGCUGUCAGCGCUGCGAACCGGUCUUAUACCGACCCUCAGCGCACAAACACUCCCAUGCAACCAGGCGGACAGGGCGGCAACUUUGGCAGUCGCGAACGGGAGCAGCUCAACAAUCCCAAGAUGCCAAUUCCACGCCACUUGAAUGUGACAUCACCGCAGGCCGUACACAUGGGCCAAUCCCGACCAACAAUGAGUGGUCCCACAAAUGGCGCGCCAGGACCUAUGGGCCAACCCGUCAUCCCACGACCACCACCAUUCCAGCUUGAGGGCGAUGGCGACCGUGUACUCAGCAAGCGCAAGCUAGACGAGCUCGUCCGCCAAGUCACGGGCGGCUCGGAAGAAGCCCUCACACCCGAAGUCGAAGAGGCUGUUCUCCAGCUCGCCGACGACUUUGUCGACAACGUCAUCAGCAACGCAUGCAAACUCUCCAAGCUCCGCGACUCCCCCCAACUAGACAUCCGCGACAUCCAAGUCAUCCUCGAGCGCAACUACAACAUCCGUAUCCCCGGCUACGCCUCCGACGAGGUCCGCACUGUCCGCAAAAUCGUGCCUGCGCAGGGCUGGGCUUCCAAGAUGAAUGCUGUUAAUGCUGCUAAAGUUAUGGGUGGUAAGACGGACUUUUGA